UAACAACAGAGAAACCAGCUGAGGAGAAGCCCAAAGAAAAAGCAAAGAAGAAGAAACCCAAACUGCUGAACAAGUUUGAUAAAACCAUCAAAGCAGAAAUCGACGCUGCAGAAAAGCUUCGCAAGAAGGGGAAGCUGGAGGAGGCGCUGAGAGCGUUUGAGACGCUGGUGCAGCAGCAUCCUCAGAGCCCCCGCGCUCGCUACGGAAGAGCCCAGACGGAGGACGACCUGGCUGAGAAGCUGCGCAGCAACGACAUGCUGCAGAAGGCCAUCAACAGCUACAGAGAGGCGGCGGAGCUGCCCGACGUGACCUCCGACCUCCUGAGAGCCGCGCUGAAGAGACGAGCGGAGAGACAGCAGUUCCUGG